AUGGCGAUCCUGUAUCACCAACAUAGGUUCGAGCGAGUUCGGCAAUAUGAGCGUCCUCCGGCAUACGAUCCACCGGAGCACUUUAGCGUUCUUCAGUCUUGGGAGCGUUUCCCGAAGACAUGGAUGCUGAUACCUCGCCUUAGCCAGGUGAAGCGAGAUCACAUUAGCCGAUGUGGUCUGUCUUCCCUUCUUGACAUGCCCCGGUCUCUGAUAAACCGGGGAUUACUGACAGCUUUAGCAGAGCACUGGCAUAGUGAACAUAACACGUUUCACUUGCCGACUGGAGAGAUGACGGUGACACCCGAGGAUGUCCACCGAAUUUUGCAGAUCCCUGUGAUGGGCGAUUUAGUAUAUUAUGAUCUCAGUGAGCGGGGUGGGAUAGAGGCACUUUGUCGCGUGUUUGAGGAUGACGAGAUCGGCGGGUAUGAUAUUGCGUGGCAAGAGAUGUUAGAGCUAGGGUUUCCAAGGCUGACAUGUCUGGAUGAGCCAGAGUCAUUGUUAGAUGAGGAUGAUGAGAGGCCACAAUGCAAAGCUCCUAGACGACGGAGGGGUGAUUGGAUGGCCCAAGUGGUCAGACGCAGGAGAUCAGGUCCAGGGGAUCAGGAGUAUCAGGUUCCAGAGCAGGAGGGACCCCCAGUUGAGCAAGUACCUACGAUAGUAUCAUGGGCUAAGCAGCCACAGGCAGAGGCACCUCAGCGGAUCCUCAUUAAGAUGUCGUCGCAUCAGCAGCAGGCUCAGAUCACAGACUUACAGGCUCAGCUAAGCAGGAGAUCGAGACAGAGCCAGACUGAGAGUCGGGGAGUGACAGGGCCACUUCAGAGAGCUCCCCCAGGUGGGGACUCAGUUGUGGCUGCCCUGAUUGAUACGUAUGCAAAAUGUGGAAACAUACAAAAGGCGCACAGAUUGUUCGACGAUAUGCCUGAAAGAGAUUUGGUUUCGUGGACUGCAAUUAUAGCUGGACAUUUACAUAUUGGGCUUGUUGAUAAAGCCUUGGAUAUUUUCAAGCAAAUGCAAUCAGCAUAUGUACAAUAG